AUGGCGGGCUCCUUCACCACCAAACGCAGUGCACGCGUCGAGCCAUCGAUCAAACCACUUGUGCAACUGCUCGCGCGCCUCCCAUACCCAACCCCCGCCCUACUUGUGAGAGAGCCACGGGCAGAGGAAAUGUAUCACUGGGACGACAAGGAGGCAGAGUGCUACCGGCUGUAUGUCGAGGAGAAGAAGAGUCUCGACGAGGUGAUUGCGUACUGGGAGGCCCAAGGCUUCACGCCCAGCAAACGAGCCUUCCAGACACAAUUCAAACGAUGGGACUUUCCCCGCAAACAGGCGCCCGCGCACAAGAACCCGGCCCUCGUUGCCCGCGUGCAGGAUCUAUGGGAGCAGAAUUACACCCAGAAGGAUAUGAUCGAUACGCUGCAGGCGGAGGGCUACUCGAUUAAUGACCGCGAACUCAUCCGCUUGCGAUUGAGGCUUAAAUUGCUGCUGAGAGAGAGUGCGCCUAGACCGAAGAGGAAGCAGGCUGUGGCUGUAGAUGGCGGGAUACGGAAAGUAAAGGCAAAAGGGAAAGGAAAAGGAAAAGGAAAGGGGCAGAAGAAGCGCCCACAGAAGGUCCUUUCAGGCAACGGUCUGAUUAAUAACCUCGCAAACUCUAUACUGGCGGACGAGCCUUCUUCAGAGGAGGAGGAGGAGGAAAGCGAAGAAGAGCAGGCUCUCAGCUUGGAACAAACAGAGGCGGAGGGCGCAGAGACAGCAGAUGCAGCAGACGCAGGCCCUACAGCACUGAGCGCCGAAGAGUUGCUUCGGAGGCAAUUACGACAAGAACAACUCCAAGUCGAGAGCGAUGAGAAGUGGCGUACGCGCAAACGAAGACGGCGAACACGCGGUUGGGCUGGCCUACCACCGGAUGCCCCAGGCGAGCCGCCUCGAUUCCCGUCCGAGACCACCAUCGACGAGGCCAAGGCAUAUCUGGGACUCGACAAUGACGUGUACCGCGAGGUGCGCGAGCGCUUCCUGGAGAUGUGUAGGGAGAAUGACAUUGUCAAGAAGACCACUGCCGGGCCAGAGAAGUGGGCGCAAAUUGUCCGGCAGCUUAUACGGGAAAACGUACACUUGUCCAGUGCAUUCGAACAAGAGCCCGACGCGCUGCAAAGCAAUGAAGCUCUCUUCCGCCCCAAAGGUCAGCGAGCACUGUCACUCGACGUCAUCUGCAUGGACGUUACCAAACGACUACGUGUCAUGGGCAAGAGCAUGAAUCUCUCCGAGGCCAAAAAGCUGCUAUGCCUGAACCCCGAACGAACGAGAUAUGUCAGGGCAGCCUUUGCCGCAAAACUGAUUGCCAAUAACUGCACCAGCAAGUACGAAGCCGGCGACGCGCUCUGGACCGAGCUCAAACAAGCCUGGGUGAAUGAGUCUGAAUACCUGACCCGAGCCCUGGCUCACGGCGGAGCCGACCCAGACUACCAACGUAAAAUCCGCGCCAUUGAGGCGCUGGCCCGAGAUGUCAUGAAGCGCCAGCAACAAGAACGCAUCGCAAAGGAUCCCACAAAGAAGAAGCAAAUCCACCAAGGUCCUGGUCCUGGCCCCGCGCCCCCUUGCCUCACCACACAGUCUUCACACCCAACCCCUCGAACCACCUCCGCUCCUCCAAACACAAACACAACCUCAAACUCAAACACCAAUACAAACCUAACCCACACCCCCCAUUCCCCAUCAGACCUCCAAAUAGACCCCUCCCUCCUCCUCGCCGCAACAGACGCAGCCUUCCUCACACCAUCCACUUACAACCCGCCCCCCUAUCACACCUACUACCCCCCCUCCUCCACCCCCACCACCCUACCAAGCCCAACCCACCCCCAAAUGCCAAUACCAAUCUACUUCCGCCUCCACCCGCACUCCUCAACCCCCCAGCCCGCAAAAACCCUCUGGCUCUCCAUUUUACAGGCCCCCUUGCUCGAAGAGGUUGCGGCGCUCGCGAUGCGCGAGCAUCGCGGGACUGUCGUGUUGGGGGUUGAGGGCAGAGGUUGUGGUUGA